AUGGCCUGGACGCAGUACCUGACCACCCAAGACACCAUUGUCCGUGUGACACGGCGCGAGGGCGGCCCCGUCGAGGGUUCGGAGGGGAUAAUCCGUCCGACCACGCUGGACUUUGACGUCGAGGUCGACGGCGAUGCCGUGCUGAUCACCGUCCCCUUGAACGAGAAUGGACACCGCUUCUUGGUCGAGUUUAACGAUAACCUGUGGGAGUACCGCAUCGGCGACCCAGGCAACAUGACCAACAGCCACUACGUGCAGAACAAGAACCCAAACGGGGCCCGCUACGUCGAGGAGUACGCCGACGAGCUGAAUCCCAUCUUGGGCGUCGAGCCGCUCAACGCGCUCCUCGUCUUCAUGAGCCCCUUCCCGCAGACAAGUAUGUGCCAGAUCUCACCAGGGACACGUACACGGUGCCCGAGGGUCUCGUCACCGACCUCACGCAGGUCAAGAAGUCGACACUCUACUCCCCCUGGUGUGUACUGGCUAACGGGCUUCAACCACCCCUCGCUGUCCGACAGCAUCAACACGUACUACAGCGACGUGCUGUGCGAGCACAUGACGGUCUGGAAGACCAACAAUGCGCCCAUGAUCCAGUUUGGCUGGUAUACGCGGGAUGUGGACAAUGUCACCGUCAACGCUGUCCAGGUGGUCCACACGCGGUGCCAGACGCAGCAGGUCUUUUGGCCGCGCGGCAUCGCCGGUUCCGCCGUCUCCUACCUGGACCAGGCGUCGACGCGCACGGCCGACGUGAGCAAGACACUGUCCAACUACAGCGUCACCAACGCCCGGUGCGAGGGCAUAUGCCCCAAUCUCGUGGGCAUCAACCCGCUCAACAUUGAUACGUUUCUCAUGAAGAAUAUCUGGAUCGAGACGCUGCCGACCGAGGUCACGGACGUCGGUAAGAGUACGUUUCGGGUGUUCAUAGAUGAGGAGGGCAAUGAAGUGCAGCUGGGCGCCCAGUCGCCUGGUGGUAUUGGCCUCGUCAUUGAGGACUUUUACGUGGGCGAUGAGAAGUUUGGUUUUGAGAAUGACAACUGGCGGAGGGGCCAGCUGGGCCAGAUUGACUUUGACGAGCACUGGGAUGGCAAGUGGACGUUGAGGUAG